AUGGCUGAGACUUCUUUUAUUGAUCCCAGUCAGAGGUUGAUUGACAACCGUUUCGACGAUGUUGAGAUGAGUAGACAGUUUGAGGAGGAUUCCACUUUGUUUGGUUCUUUUAGACGCUUGAUGACUAAGAGGCGUGUUGCUAUUAUAUGUAGUAUUGUUUUUUCUUUGCUUGUUGUGAUUGGUGUUACUGUAACUGCUGUAUUAGUUACUAGAUCGAAGGAUGUAUUUAGUUUCAAGAAUAGUCUUGAAAAUCAUGCUAAAUCUGAUUUUAAAUCCAUAGACUUAAAGCUUAUAAAAUCCUAUGUAAAUGAGUUAACUGAUUUAUACAAGGAUCGUUACAUAUCUGGCAAUCAUGUUCUCGAGUUUGAGGUCAUGUUGAGCUUCGACAAAUUCAACAAGGAUUACAAUAGAGUUCAUGCAAGUCACAAUGAACGCAGAGAUAGGUUCUUGACAUUCAGGAACAAGUUUUUGAAGGUUAAAAAUCACGAAGGUCACGAGACUUAUAGCAGGGAGAUAAAUUCUUUUGCUGACAUGACUGAUGAGGAGUUUAACAAAUUGUUUCCCCCAAUCAAGGUUCCAACUCAGAGAUCAAGUCCUUCUCAUGUUAGUCGUCUCAUGGCUAGAAUGGUUUCUGACAAAAAGUAUCUUGCCAAUCUCGCUUUGGCCAAAUCGUUCGUUGAGCCAAUAAAUGACCCAACUAAUGUAACUGGAGAAGGUCUUGAUUGGAGAAAGGCCAAUGGAGUUACCAAGGUUAAGGAUCAAGGUCUUGAAUGCGGAUCAUGCUGGGCAUUUGCCACCAUCGGUUCAGUCGAGAGCCUUUACAAAAUUUACAGAGAUGUAACUCUUGACUUGAGUGAACAAGAACUUGUUGACUGUGAAACUAAAAGCAAGGGUUGUGAAGGAGGUUUCGGUGACACUGCUCUUCAAUACAUACAAAAUAAAGGUGUGAGUAAUGAUAAUGAUAUACCUUAUGUUGCGAAGAAAAACACGUGCGUUGUAAAAUCCACCAAAAAAACAUACAUUAACUACUUCACCAUCUCAAGCGGACCUGACAUCUUAAACAAAUCUCUAGUUAUUUCACCAACAAUAGUUUAUAUAGCAUCCUCUUAUGAUCUCACCAUGUACAAAUCGGGCAUAUACAACGGAGAAUGUGCGCAGGAGCUCAACCACGCGGUGCUUCUAGUGGGUGAAGGGUAUGACGAUACAUUAAAAAAGAGAUAUUGGAUAAUUAAGAAUUCUUGGGGUUCCGAUUGGGGAGAAGACGGUUACAUGAGGCUUGAAAGAACCAACGAGGGGAAUGAUAAAUGCGGAAUUUUAACAACUGGUAUAACACCAGGAUUUUAA